CGCCCCGGGCUCGGAGGCUGUAGGCCGCUCCCAGGCUAAGGCGCCCCCGCCUGCGUCCCGCACCCCUUCGCCCCCGCGCCCCCAGCGCGAGCGGUCCUUUGCAGCAUGCUGUGGCGGAGCAGCCAAGCGCUCCGGCGCUUCUCUACUGGCCGGGUUUAUUUCCAAAACAAGCUGAAGUUGGCACUUAUUGGUCAGAGCCUUUUUGGACAGGAAGUCUACAACCAUCUGUGCAAAGAAGGCCACCAAGUGGUAGGAGUCUUCACAGUUCCAGAUAAGGAUGGAAAAGCUGACCCACUGGCUUUGGCUGCAGAGAAAAAUGGGACCCCUGUGUUCAAGUUCCCUCGAUGGAGAGCCAAGGGCAAGACCAUAAAGGAGGUGGCAGAGGCCUACAGGUCCGUGGGUGCUGAGCUAAACGUGCUUCCCUUCUGCACACAGUUCAUCCCCAUGGAUGUAAUUGAGAGCCCCAAGCAUGGUUCCAUCAUUUACCACCCGUCCAUCCUUCCCAGGCACAGAGGAGCCUCUGCUAUCAACUGGACUCUAAUCAUGGGAGACAAGAAAGCUGGGUUUUCUGUUUUCUGGGCUGAUGAUGGUUUAGACACAGGACCCAUCCUUCUUCAGAGGUCAUGUGAUGUCCAACCCAAUGAUACAGUGGAUGCACUUUAUAAUCGAUUUCUUUUUCCUGAAGGAAUCAAGGCCAUGGUGGAAGCAGUCCAGCUUGUAGCUGAUGGAAAAGCUCCUCGUAUUCCCCAGUCGGAAGAAGGGGCAACAUAUGAAGGUAUCCAGAAAAAGGAAAAUGCUGAGAUUUCUUGGGAUCAGUCUGCUGAAGACUUACAUAACUGGAUCCGAGGUCAUGAUAAAGUCCCUGGAGCUUGGACAGAGAUAAAUGGACAGGUGGUCACUUUCUACGGCUCAUCAUUGCUGAAUAGCUCCGUCCCUCCUGGAGAACCACUGGAAAUUAAAGGUGCCAAGAAGCCUGGCCUUGUUACCAAAAAUGGACUUGUUCUUUUUGGUAAUGAUGGAAAAGCACUGAUGGUAAGAAAUCUGCAAUUCGAAGAUGGAAAAAUGAUCCCUGCCUCUCAGUACUUUGCAGCGGGUGAGACGUCCAUGGUGGAACUUACAGCCGAAGAGGUGAAGGUGGCGGAGACCAUCAAGGUCAUCUGGGCUGGAAUUUUAAGCAACAUCCCUGUUAUUGAAGAUUCAACAGACUUCUUUAAAUCUGGAGCAAGCUCGAUGGAUGUUGCCAGGCUGGUUGAAGAGAUCAGGCAGAAAUGUGGAGGGCUUCAGUUGCAGAAUGAAGAUGUUUACAUGGCCACCAAGUUUGAAGACUUCAUCCAGAAAGUUGUGCGGAAACUGAGAGGAGACGAUCAGGAAGAGGAGCUUGUGGUGGAUUACGUUUCCAAGGAGGUCAAUGAAAUGACAGUAAAAAUGCCAUAUCAGUGUUUCAUAAACGGACAAUUCACAGAUGCUGAUGAUGGAAAGACCUAUGACACUAUCAACCCAACAGAUGGAUCUAUAAUAUGCAAAGUAUCCUAUGCUUCUUUGGUGGAUGUUGAUAAAGCAGUAGCCGCAGCAAAAGAUGCUUUUGAAAGUGGUGAAUGGGGAAGAAUGAAUGCACGAGAAAGAGGAAGAUUGAUGUACAGACUUGCAGACCUCCUGGAAGAGAACCAAGAAGAGCUGGCAACCAUUGAAGCCCUCGAUUCAGGGGCCGUCUAUACCUUGGCUCUGAAGACUCACAUCGGAAUGUCCGUGCAAACAUUUAGAUAUUUUGCUGGCUGGUGCGACAAAAUUCAGGGUUCUACAAUUCCCAUCAACCAGGCCCGUCCAAAUCGCAAUCUGACCUUCACCAAGAAGGAGCCACUCGGUGUCUGUGCCAUCAUCAUUCCCUGGAACUACCCGCUGAUGAUGCUGGCGUGGAAAAGUGCUGCAUGUUUGGCAGCCGGCAAUACCUUAGUGCUCAAGCCGGCACAGGUCACACCCUUGACUGCUUUGAAGUUUGCAGAGCUCUCUGUUAAAGCAGGCUUUCCGAAGGGAGUCAUCAACAUCAUUCCAGGCUCAGGUGGCAUAGCAGGACAGCGUCUUUCUGAACAUCCUGAUAUCCGCAAACUUGGUUUCACUGGUUCCACUCCGAUUGGCAAACAGAUCAUGAAGAGCUGCGCUGUAAGCAACUUGAAGAAAGUUUCCCUUGAACUUGGUGGCAAAUCCCCACUCCUAAUAUUCAAUGACUGUGAGCUUGACAAGGCCGUGCGAAUGGGCAUGGGGGCAGUAUUUUUCAACAAAGGAGAGAACUGUAUUGCAGCUGGACGGUUGUUUGUGGAAGAAUCCAUCCAUGAUGAAUUUGUGACAAGAGUGGUGGAAGAAAUUAAAAAGAUGAAAAUUGGUGAUCCGCUUGACAGAUCUACUGAUCAUGGGCCCCAAAAUCAUAAGGCUCAUCUGGAAAAGCUUCUGCAGUACUGUGAAGCUGGAGUGAAAGAGGGGGCCACCUUGGUAUAUGGAGGAAGGCAAGUGCAAAGGCCAGGCUUUUUUAUGGAACCUACGGUCUUCACAGAUGUGGAAGAUCACAUGUAUCUUGCCAAAGAGGAGUCCUUCGGCCCCAUUAUGGUCAUUUCUAAAUUCCGAAAUGGGGACAUCGAUGGAGUGUUGGAGCGAGCAAAUAAUACCGAGUACGGCUUAGCCUCAGGCGUUUUUACACGAGACAUAAAUAAAGCCAUGUAUGUGAGUGAAAAACUGGAGGCAGGAACUGUUUUUAUUAACACCUACAACAAGACGGAUGUGGCGGCCCCCUUUGGUGGAUUUAAGCAGUCUGGUUUUGGAAAAGACCUAGGUGAGGAAGCUCUAAAUGAAUACCUCAGAACCAAGACAGUGACGCUGGAAUAUUAGAGCAGUCUGCCAUCAGGAACCCCUCACAGACCGCACCGAUCCUCAGCCCCCCACACUGAAGCAGCCUGGGCGUGCUGAGGGAAGAGGUACCAGCCACCAGCUGAAAAAUCCACACACGGACCAUGAAGAUGGGCCACAGGUCUAAGCAUUUACACAUGUGCCUCAUUUUCUAAUACCCCUUGUAUACCUUAAAAUGAUUUGUUGGGUUUUGACUAUUGUUGUAUUCCCACACAUGUUUCUAAAAUACCAGGCUCCUUUUUUUUUUUUUUUUUUUCCCCACCAAGACUAACCUGGUCAUGGUUGCUCAUCUUGAAAGCAUCAAUACCAGGCAGUUCUCACACAGAAGGUGCAUUUUUGGGAACCCUCAUAUAAUAUACACAGGUUUUAACCUCUGAACGAGGCAUAUAGGGUUAUUAAAAAGAUUUUCUAUAAUUUGGCUCUCAAGGAACAGUACAUCCUCUAAGGAAUAUGUCAAGGCAGUUCUUUGGUUGGGGGGGAAUAAGAUACAUCUUUGUGCCUUUGAUGUCUAUUUUUUCCACGUGAUGUGUGAUCAACCCAGAAGCAGUUCUUGAAUACCUACUAAAUACAAGGUACUAUAUUACAUCCUGAAGCAUAUACAGACUUUAAUGACAUGAUCUUUGGCCCCCAGUAGUUUAAAUUCUAGUCAAUAACUUAUUAUUAUUAUUAUUAUUUCUGCUUUUUAGGGUGGGACAUGUGGCAUAUGGAAAUUCCUGGGCUAGG